AUGGUCAGCAAGCGGAAGAGAGCCCUGGAGGAGUUCGAUCCCAACAAGUCGGACUCCGGAGACGAAAACUUCGAUCCCAGCAGAGACCGGCCUCAGAAAAGCUCCAAAAAGGCCCGCCCUUCGCGCUCUUCUCGGUCCGGCCGCAAGAAGGGCACCAGAUAUCGUGGCUCCGACAUUGACGACGAUGAGGACCAGGAGCUUUCCGACAGCCAGGACGACUCCUUUGGCGACGAUGACGAAUCUCAAGAAGACGAAAACGCCCCCGUCAACGCGGAGAGCAGCGAAGACGACGAAGGGGAGAAUGAGGACAUGGAACAGGGAAAGCGGGGCAAAGGCCGAGUUCGGGGCCGAGUCGAGGCAGAACCCGUCGCCGAGUCUGAGCAGGAGGAGCUCACAAAGCGGAGACUCGUCAGAUCGACUCGUGCGAGCACCGCUGAGACGGAUGACUUCGUUGAGCUCUCCAACUCCGGUCGGCACGCUGUGCCUUCUCGCGACUCCCGAAGCAAGAGUCCGGAGGCGCUCAUACGUACUCGACGCUCGUCUCGCGCAAUGAAGGGUAUUAAGGCGGCCCCCGAGCCGAUCGAGCCUAUCCAGGAAGCCACGCAGGAGAGCAGCGUUCCGCCGGCGCACGACGCCGAACAGCCCGAUGAGCUCUCCCGGGAUAACGAGCCGUCUGAGGCGAAAUUGGGCAGCGAUGAGGUAAUGCAGGAUGCUGCUGCUCCCGAGAUUGAAACGGAAACCGCUGCCAAGGAAGAGGCCGCUGCGAAGGAGGAAGUGGCUGGCAGCGGCGGCGACGACGACGACGACGACGACGACGACGUGCCCAUCACUCGGAGGACCAGAGCCUCUCGUGCCAGUCUCUUGGCGCCCGAGGGGGGAGAAUCCGACGGCGUCGCCGAAACGACUGGCCGUCGCCUUACGCGCGGGUCACGGAUCAAAAAGUCCACUCAGGAACCUAGCAGCGACUUUGAGCCUGGAGAUGAUUCCGACGACGCUGAGAUGUCCAAGUCUGAGACCGGCAAGGCUCAAGAGGAUGACGACGACACGCCUACCCCGCGAGACGAAGACCACGAGUUUGACCUCGACGAGCUCAACGAGGAAGCUCGCGAGCUGCGCCAGUCCUCUCGACCACGCCGUCGGCCUAGGCGCGAGUCCCCCAUUGUCUACCAGGAGCACACGAGACGGUCCCGGGCCAAGGUCAACUACUACAUGCCACCGUUGACUGCGGUCAACAUUGAAGAGGAGGAAGCCGAGGACCCGGCGCCGACCCCUUCCCGAAACCGCCGCGGACGAGGUGGGGGCGGCGGCGGCUGGGACCGAAAUCUCAACACCACGUUCGGCCCCUUUGGCGGCGGCGGCGGAUCGCUCCUGGCCGGGCCCUGGGGUACCGUGGCGGCCGGCGGGGCUGAUUCAGACAGCAGCGACGACGAGAUGGUGCACCGCUCAAGUGUCGCGGGCAAUGUAGGCAUGACGCCUACGUCUGCGGCACCUGGCGGCUUCUUGGGCACUGGGCAUGGUGGCCUGACCGCCGAGACUGUUGGCGCCACGCCCAAUGUCGGCAAGAUCAAAGAUCGCAAGGCUCUCGCUGAUGCGGACCCCCUGGGUGUCGACAUGAACGUCGACUUCAGCAAGGUUGGAGGCUUGCAAGGACACAUUGACCAGCUGAAGGAGAUGGUGCAGCUCCCGCUUCUCUACCCGGAACUGUUCACAAAGUUCCACGUCACGCCGCCCCGGGGCGUCUUGUUCCAUGGUCCUCCCGGCACGGGCAAAACCCUUCUUGCUCGUGCCCUUGCCAACUCUGUCGGCUCGGGCGGGCGAAAGAUUUCCUUUUACAUGCGCAAGGGCGCCGAUGCCCUGAGCAAGUGGGUUGGCGAGGCGGAGAAGCAGCUGCGGCUCCUCUUUGAGGAAGCCAGAAAGACUCAGCCGAGCAUCAUAUUUUUUGACGAGAUUGAUGGGCUGGCCCCCGUCAGGUCCAGCAAGCAGGAGCAGAUCCAUGCCUCCAUCGUCUCUACCCUGCUUGCCCUGAUGGAUGGAAUGGAUGGCCGCGGCCAAGUUAUCGUCAUUGGUGCCACCAACAGGCCGGACAAUAUUGACCCUGCCCUGCGCCGGCCUGGACGGUUCGACCGAGAGUUCUACUUUCCCCUGCCCGAUAUCGAAGGGCGUCGUGCCAUCCUCGACAUCCAGACCAAAGACUGGGGCCUGCCGGAUACUUUCAAGGCCUCCCUUGCCGAGAAGACCAAAGGGUACGGAGGUGCCGACAUCCGGGCGCUGUGCACUGAGGCGGCACUGAACUCGAUACAGCGCACGUACCCCCAGAUCUACUCGUCUCGAGAGAAGCUCGUGGUGGACCCGGACAAAAUUGCGGUCCAUGCCUCCGACUUUAUGAUGUCCAUUAAGAGGCUGAUUCCAUCCUCGGAACGGUCUGCGACGUCGGGAGCUCAGCCUCUGCCCAAGUCUGUCGAGCCUCUGCUGCGUGCCCAGUUCAACGAGGCGAAGCGUGCCCUGGACGAUCUACUGCCUCGCAAGAAGAAACUCACGGCGCUGGAGGAGGCCAUGUAUGAGCAGUUUGACGACGAUGACUACGGGUUCGGCCGGGAGACAAUGCAUCAAGAGUUUGAACGGUCUCGGAUCUUCCGACCCCGGUUCCUCAUUUACGGCGUUGCCGGAAUGGGCCAGAGCUACAUUGCAUCGGCGGUGCUACACCACUUUGAAGGAGUCCACGUGCAGAACUUUGAUCUCCCCAGCCUGCUUGCUGAUGGGCGGCCCAUGGAGCAGGUCAUUGUAGGCUUAUUCACCGAAGUUCGACGUCACAAGCCCAGUGUCAUCUAUAUUCCCAACAUAGAUGCCUGGUAUGCGACAUUGACGGGGACAGUUGCCCUGACCACCUUCCAGACAAUGUUGAAGUCUAUUGUUCCGACAGACCCAGUGCUUGUCCUUGCCACGGCGGAGUGUGACAAAGCGGGAAUCCCCAUCGACCUGGCCCGUGACUUUUUUGGGUUUUCUCGCAAGAAUCGGAUGGAGAUUCCCCGACCGGAGAGGGCGAACCGGAUGGAGUACUUUGAGGCAACGCUUGCGUACGUCAAGAAGAAGCCAGCCGAGUUCCCGGACCCGGAGAAUCGCAAGAAGCGAGUGCUCGAAGAGCUCCCCGUUGCCCCCCCGAUUGCGCCCAAGCCGCCGACCAAGGCGGAGAGGAAGGCGUUGCAAAAGAGGGAUCACCAACUGUUGAAUGCCCUGAAAAUUCAGCUGCAGCCUAUCAUGGACCAGAUCAACCGAAGGUACAAGAAAUUUAGACAGCCAGUCAUCCCCCAGGCACAGAUCGACUACUUGUUCGCCGAGUCUGAUCCGAACUAUGUGCGCCCCGACAUUCCCGGAAGCGAAGUUCGGCCGUUUGAAAUUGUCAAGGACAAGCAUGGCAACGACGUCCUGCGAGACACGGCCACAGGCAAGUGUUAUUACAACCUGGAGACAACGACGAUAGAAGAGCGCUUGUCGAAUGGAUUCUAUGCACGGCCCAAGGACUUUUUGUUUGACAUCAAGGCUCUCGCCAGGGACGCCAAGAAUGCGGGAGACAAGGAGCGUACGCUCAAGGCAAACGAACUGCUGAGCAACGUCGAGGUUGAUGUGGCUGGCAUCGAGAACAGCACGGCGCACAUGGAAUGGGAGGGCCUCUAUCAACGCCAGCUGCAGCGGGCAAAGGAGGCUGCGGAGAAGGAGCGGAAACGAAAGGCAAUGCAGUCCAUCACGGACCGUUUCCAGUCGGAGCAGGCAGGCGGCAACGAGAGCGACUCGCAGGGCCCCCUGACGCUGGGCGAGAGGGUUCCCGGGUCGCUGACGACGGCUCGCUUCCAACUGCGUAGUCCGCCGACGAAUGGCCAUGGAGAGAGGGAGCAGGGCCAAGAACAUCAACGCCAGCAGACCAUGAGCAACGGAGAUGCGACGUCUUUCGAGACGCCCAAGGUCGCCGAUGUGCGCAUGAGUGGCGUCGAUGAAGACGCCGAGGCCGCCCCUUCUUCGUCGGUCAUGGGACCGCCGCCCAAGGCGGACGGCGAUCAGCCGGUGUCCAAGAGCCAGGCUGGGAUGACGCAGAUAUCGCAAAAGUCUGCUGUCACUCCCUUGCCGCACGGGGUGUCGCCGUCUGCCGUAAUCAACGAGGCCGCAUCGACCAAGACGUCUGAUCCGUCGACGCAUCGAUCGUCGAACUGGAGCACGCAGCUGACCAACGGUAACCAUGGAGAACAUCGCGGCGGGGGCAACGACAGCGACGCGGAUAUACCCGACACGCUCCGUAUCCAAACCCAGACAACGUCGAGCGACGAGGCGUGGCCUCACUCGCAGGCCCAAGGGAUGGCCCGGCACGGUGCAGCUUCCAGAGCACUCCGGGCGGGCAGCCAGGCGUCCUCGCAGUCACAGGCACGACACGACGUCGGGGCAUCGAUGGGGCCGCAGGCGUCGCAGGAGCUACAAGAAGACUUGCACUCGAUGCGCAACUCGGGCUCAUCGGCUUCGCAGCCCCUGUCGGUGGAGGGUGCGGUGGCGAGUUUCCUGACCGAGGUGACAGACGGCACAUCGGGGUGCACCAUUGAGCAGCUGCAGCAGAUCAACCGCGAGCUGAUGGACGAGAUCUGGCGACGCAGGCAUGAGUGGAAUCGUAUCAAAGUGCUGGGCCACGUGACACAAGUGUUCAACGACACGAUUGGCGAGAUUGAGGUCUCCCAGGGCAUGGGACCCCUCAGCCAAUGA